GCCAAAUUGUUAGACUUGAGACGUGCGUGAAAAUUACGUUUUGUGACCUGCAAGUUGAAAAUGUUUUCAAAUAGAGAGACACGGUUGGAUAUUGAGGAGCUGCCCGUAACAACUCCCCUCCUCAUGAAUACCGUCGUCCAAGGAGAACAAAGCAACGGCUAUUCGAAAUCACAUGAGCCUACUCAAAAUUUUUCGAAGAACCACUCCGAAGUCAACACGCCGUCAACCACCUCCAACGCCAAUAACACAGAAUUUCUUGAGCCCAGGCAGCUAAGUAACUCGAGACUUCACAAAUUGAAUACUAAACUGCUGGAAGCUAUUAAGAGUAGUGACACUGAAGAGAUUAAACGGCUCCUCGGUGGUGGUGCCAAAGCCAAUGCAACCUGCUGCCUAACGUUCAUUUCUGCAUGCCACCUUGCAGCUCUAUCAGGCGGAGAUGCCUUAGCCAUACUCCUAAAGAACGGAGCUGAGAAACAUGAACGUGACAAACAAGGAAUUACUCCUUUACAUGUGGCGGCUUUGGCUGGCAAUGCUAGGCAUAUGGCUAUGUUGUUGGAUUUUCCGGAAGGAGUGCCUGAUACCUGGCCUAGAAAAUGGCUGCGAACUGACCGGAGACUUAGAAGAUUGAAUACUGAACUGUUGGAAGCUAUAGCGAGUUGCGAUAUUGAGGAGACUAAAAGGUAA